AUGCGCCCUCUCCGUGUCUCGCUACCCGCCGUUCAUACCCCGUUGCAACUCCGUGGCAACUCAGGAACACGAUUGCCCUUCAGACCUAUUCAAUCAAUCCGACCUAAUCCACGGACACCAGUUACGCCAUUCUCAAUUGCGAAAUACGAGGUACGGCAUUUCAGUCUCUCCAGGCUACGAGCGGCGGAUGAUACAUUGGAGCGGUUGGAGAUUCGGGAGGGAAAGGAUCUUGAAAAUGACAAAGAUAGUAAUGAGAGGAGGAGAUUGGAGGAGAUGAACAAGGGCAAAUUAUUGACAACACCGUCGAGAUUGUUCAAGCUCCUGAUGCCAUUGACGACCAUUGACCACAACCCUAACCAUCGAGACAUUGAGCCAAUUGCCGUCCUCAUCCACCCCCAACAACCCCUCUCCUACCUUGAACGUCUCAUCCAAUCUGAAGUCCCCAAGAUUCGCGGCGAAAACGGCCACUAUCGACCACCGUCAGUGUCAUUCAUUGCCCUCCAAGUAGAACAAGACGCCAUCAAACCCAGAAAAUCCGUCUACGAAAACACAGAUACAGAAGCCCGCAAACUAGGCGAAGGGGAAAGCGAUGCUGUCCUUGAACGCCGCCGCCGCCCGGACGACUCAGACGACACCUACAGCUACCUGCGUGAAUCAGAAGAAAGCCAAGAUCAACCAGAACGGCGCUUUGUAAGGUGGUCACAGUCGACUGAGAUUGGGGAUUUCAUUCGGGAUGCCGCACGCGCGCAGGAGUUCGUCGUGAGCAUUGAAGGCGCACCGGCUGGCUUGGGCCAUAUCCGUGUGACUGUCCCAUCCUUUGACGAACGGACAUAUUUCCUCCGCAUGCGCCUGCGUAAGAUCUCAGGGAGGAUCCAGAGCAUCGCAGAGAUCAAACAUGACUGUGACGUCGUCGCUCACCGCGGCGCCCAGCGCGUCGCCAUCGGCGGCUUUGGAAUCCUCUCAUUCUGGUGGUGUCUAGUUUACAAAUUGACCUUCGGAACCGAGCUCGGCUGGGAUACAAUGGAGCCCGUCACCUACCUAGCCAGUUUGUCCACUUUAAUGGGAGGCUACCUCUGGUUCCUGUACCACAAUCGAGAAAUUUCCUACCGUUCCGCACUGGACUUCACGAUCAGCGCGCGACAGAAGAAACUGUAUCAGGCUAAAGGCGUGGACUUACGUGCGUGGGAGUUCUUGAUUGACGAGGGCAAUGUACUGAGAAAGGAGAUUAAGAGUAUUGCGGCGGAGUAUGAUGCGGAUUGGGAUGAGAUUCAGGACGAGCAGGAUGAGAGUGUGACGCAUGCGUUGAAGAAGGAGAGGCGUCAAAAGAAUGGGAAGCAUGAGAAGAAAGAUGAUGAAGAUCAGGAUGCUGAUGACUGA